CAUUGAUGAAGGAACCAGUGCAACAGUUGAAAUGGACCAGCUGUUAGUUCUACCGAAGCAGUUUCAGAAAAUACCAUCCCAGGUCAUUGAAGUAUAUGCCUGUAGAGUGAAGCCAUUAGACAAAGAUACAGAUUGGACAGUACAGGCAUCAUAUCACGUCUAUGAGAAAAUCAAUGGGAAAAUACUAGAUGGCAAGAUAGUUCUCUGUAUGGGCAAGACGUUGUGGCUGGAUCCUCUCAUUGAAAGAUGUAAACUGGAUGCCCUCCAUAUUGUCACCAAUGCUACUAAUAUCAGAAUGGAAUUAUUGAAAAAUGCAUUUGCGAGACAAAAUCCUGAGCAUGUGGUGACACUGAGUGCUCUAUGUAAGGGACAGAUACCAAUAUGCGAGUAUGAAACAGAGGCUGAAAUAGAUAGUACUGAUGAUGAUGAUGAUGAUGACAGCAGUGACAGUGAUGAAGUGGCUUCUGAGGAAUAUGUAUACAGACUGCUUGCAUGCCAGAUGAUGAAUACUGUGAUGUCUGUGUUACAUAUGUUGAUACACCGUCGCUAUUCUAUGUACAACUUAGAGACAAUGUUAGCAGAUUGGAAGACAUGAUGGAUAUUAUUAAUUCAAUGAAUAAUAUGCUACCACUAACAGAUAACCAGUGUAGUGUAGGUAGACUUUGUCUGGCUAAGUUUGUACAGGAUAACAGAUGGUGUCGAGGAAUGAUAAUCUCUAGAUGUGAUAAUGGACAGUUUAAUGUGUACUCAGUAGACUAUGGAGAUAAAGAAACAGUACCUAGAAAU